CGCGAGGGAGAGAGUGUGUGUGUGUGAGAGAGAGAGGGAGAGAUGGAGGAAGAGGAGCAUGAGGUGUAUGGCGGAGAGAUCCCCGUCGAGGGCGAGAUGGAAGGCGAGAUGGACCCUCACCACGCCGACGUCGACAUGUCUACCGGCGACGAUGACGCCAUCAAGGAGCUCGAUGAGAUGAAGAGGAGGCUGAAGGAGAUAGAGGAUGAAGCCACAGCUCUCCGCGAGAUGCAAGCCAAGGUUGAGAAGGAAAUGGGCGCUGUCUCAGACCUUGCUGGUGCAGCUGCUUCUCAAGCAAGUAAGGAGGAAGUUGAUUCCAGAUCGGUGUUUGUCGGCAAUGAUUCGUUCUCAAGUUCUCUGUAUGUUUGAAGUGGAUUUUUUAUCCUGUCUUUGAGCCAAAUGAUAGUUGUGCACAUUCUUAUUUUUGUGGGAGAUGCUUUCCCUAUUGUAAAAUAAUGUUAGAGAAAAGGGGGAAAAAGCAGAAGGAUUAAAGGACAAAAGAGUACUGAAAAAAAUCUGAAGCAAUGGAAAAAAAAAAAGGAAUCAAAUGUGAAAACGAAAAAAAGAAAAAAGAAAAAAGAAAAAAGGAAAAAGAAAUGGUUAUAUGGAGUAAAAAAGAAAAUAAGAAAAGUGGGUUGAGAUGUAAAUGUGUGGGGAGAAUGGAGAUGUGAAGUUUUGCUUCUAAGAGACUUCUUAGAUAGAAGUGACCAUGAAAGGUUGAAGACAAGUCAUCAGCACACGCUCCGGUACAUCUCGUAGCCUUGCUGCUGCUGCUGGAGGUGUUGACACCAUCAUGUUUCUCAGGCCGUUGGGUCAUUUAGCAGAUCUGGUUGACUAUGCAUGCACCCCUGAAGAAGUGCAGCAGCAUUUCCAGGCAUGCGGUACUGUGAACAGGGUGACUAUUCUGACUGAUAAAUUCGGCCAGCCAAAGGGUUUCGCUUAUGUUGAGUUCCUCGAAACUGAAGCUGUUCAGGAGGCUCUCCUUUUGAAUGAAUCUGAACUGCAUGGGCGCCAGUUGAAGGUCUUGCCUAAAAGGACCAAUGUUCCAGGCAUGAAGCAGUACUUUCCUAGGCGUUUCAAUCCUUACAUGGGUUACCGAUUCCGAAGGCCCUAUGCUACUCCUAAUUUCUAUUCCCCUUACGGAUACGGGAAGGCACCGAGAUUCAGAAGACCAAACAGAUACAUGCCCUACUACUAGGGACAUUGUUGGCCCCCAGGUCCAGGCAUUGUACCCAACGACCAGUUUAUCUACAUCACAUUUCGAAUUUCAGAUGUAUUUACCUGCUAUUAUCAACUGUUGUCGCUUUCCUACAUCUGCUAUCACUGUGACUGAAGGAGUUACCAUUCCGGACAAAUUUAGUCAUGGAUGCUAGAGAAAUUCAGUUGAGACAUUAGACAUAGUCCUUUAGCCGGCUGUGUAAUAUGAAUUUAUAAAUCUUCCUGUAAUCUAUUGAGGUUUUCAUUUAUAGUCUAAUUGCCUCUGGGCCAUGGGAGCCUUUUGCUCGAGACUA